GUCGGUGUCAUGAACGCAACCCAAACCUCUUACCUGGAAAAUAACUUUGGACCAAGCUCUGAACUCGUAGACAUCAACUUAUUUUCGCAAACCAAGCCAACCACUGUCGAUUUCGCCACAUCUUCUCUCGAAAUCGCAACAGAGUGCAGUGUCAAUGACAUCCGAGAUUCUUUGACCGAGAUAAACGAUGAUCCAAAAUCCAUGGCCUAUCUCAUAAGAUCUCAUGAAGCGGCUGUUGCUGCCCUACACACAACCAGUACCGCAAGAAGCAGGAAGCGCCAUGUCGUUCCGGAAGUACCGAAAACAUCGCCGCAAGUCAUCUCUCUGCAGAAAGAGCUUGACGAGAUAGCUCUCGAGGCCUGGAAAUUACAUCCCAGCGCCCGGAUCUUCGUACGGCCGGUAAAGACAUCGGACCAGAAUACCCUUAAUCACGUUAAAACUGCAAGAGGCGAUGAUGCUGCUCGACUGUCGAAUGACUCGUGCCAAGCUCUCAUCACUGUCACUGUGUACAACAAGCUGAGUUGGAGACAGACGCAUGUUACAAGAUCCUCGCGACAUGUCUUUCUCUCUUCUCAAAGCCUUGGCGAUAUCUACGAUGCGUUCCCCUGCACUUCCAACGAGUUGCCGGAAGAGAUAUUGCAACACGAUAGAAUAACAGGUUAUGGCGAUGGUCCUCCUGCUCGACCAGGCUGUGUCAUGCUCAUCGGAGACCUGGCUUACGGAGAUGGAGAAAGUGAGGAGGACUAUGCAGACAAACUUGUCAAGCACCUCAGGCUGUCUCAGGAUCCCCCUGGCAUAAGCAGAGCUGCCACUUCAAUGCACGACACUCCGCUGAGUUCACUUUCUCUUCGUAUCGGCGAGCCCUACUGGCUGCUUCACCACGGAAAUUGCGAACACUUCCUGGUCAUUAAUCAGAUUCGACAACAAACUCCUUCAGAUGUCAUAUUGGCGUAUCCGCUGACCCUCCAAAUUGUGCCUCCCCUCCUCGAUGCAUGUCGUGGAUGCAUAAAGACCCCCGCUAUAUGGGCCAUUGUCAACGAUGAGCGUCUGGGAGAAACUCCGUGCCCGAUGUGUGGUCCGUGUUGGACCAACAUGGGCAAGUCAGAUGACGACAAAGUGGUUGUAGUGCCCUUGCCCAAGUACGAGUUAGGCUGGUAGCAUAUCCUGUAUCUCUUUGCAAAACCCGACAUUCUGUUCGCUCUGUAUCUGACGUGACCGCCUCUUGGAAUGGAUGAGCUGCCACACGUGAGCGCGUCCUGUCAUCACCUUGAGAUCUCAGCUUCCUUGGCCAAUAUCGCCACACUCGCGGCCAUGGAAGGGUCCACGUCGGAGCUCCUUGAAUCGCUUGAGCUUGCUCCAGACCUUGUAUCCUGGAUCAACGACACUAUCUCACCCUCACUGUCCGCCGAGCCAUUCGAGCUCGUCGAGUUGGAUCACCAUGUAAACCACCUCGUAUCGACUCUCGACCUCGCCUGUGAAGACACCUCAUCCGACCUCGAACGAAUCAUCGACGAGGUUUCUCGCGGGGUACCACGUCUCGCAUAUGACCUUCAUUUCAUGAAGGACGGUGCCAUAUCUCUUCAGACGUCGCUUCUUCAAGUAUCUGCGCGCUCGCACGACUCUAUUCCCCAAUCGACACGCGCAGCGCUGGACUUGCUGCAACAGCUCGACACCAUCAAGACACGGAUGGAGGCUGCACGGGAUGUUCUUCGGGAAGCAGAGAGUUGGAGCACGCUGGAGAUGGAGGUCAUCUCGCUUUUGGGGGAGAAGAGCUAUGCCAAGGCGGCUGAACGACUUUCCGACGCAAGUCGGAGCAUGGCUGUCUUUCACAACACACCGGAGUACGAUCCGCGUAAGACUCUGAUGGUCAACCUGCAGAAUCAGCUGGAGGCUGCGUUGAGCUCUGCCCUCGUCGCCGCUAUCAAUAUCCACGAUUUGGCAGCAUGCAAAAACUACUUCUCCAUCUUCGCCAACAUACAACGGGAAACAGAGUUUCGUAAUUAUUACAACGGGGCGCGGCGGUCGUCUGUUGUAUCGACAUGGCAGGAAGCGCAGAUCAUUGAAGUAGAGGCUGCUGGGCACGGUGAUGAAGGCCAGACUCUCGCUGAGUUUAUGCCGAAAUUCUAUGGGAGUUUCCUGGGCCUACUGAAUAUCGAACGCACCUCCAUUCCAUCCAUCUUCCCUGAUGCGACGCCGACAUUGUCGAACUUGAUCAUCUCUGUUCUUUCGGCGCUCCAGCCAACAUUUUCGCAACGUCUCGCCACUGCGCACUCCCACUAUGGCGACACAGCUCUCAAAGCCUUGAUUCCCAUCCUGCGUUCCACUGCAGAAUUCGCGUCAGGCGUCGAGAAGAUCAUGGAGAAGCUCCGUUACUCUUCUGUGUUUUCCCCCUUGGAGAGUCCAAACCCUGGGAUUACGACUGAAUCUACAUCGGGUCACAGUCGGCGGCGUUCGAUGCGUUUAUCGAUGUCCUGGCGAAUGGUCCCGACUCGAUCAACGUCGAGCGGGCUGCUCGCCUCUAAAUCGGGACUGGGUAUUUCGGAUGACUUGGAAUGGGAGCAGGAGCUCUUCCAGCCAUUCCUUGACUUUCAAACUGACUUUGGUUCCCUUGAACGACGACUGCUCGAUCACACACUCCGCGAGAUCAUCUCUGCAGACACCCGGGACAGGAUAUCCGACUCUGAUCGUGCUCGAUUGCUCAGGGAGAGAGCGGUCGAUGUUUUUAGCGUCGCCGACGAGAGCAUGGGGCGUUGUCUGGCAUUCACAUACGGCUAUGGGGCAGUUGGCCUGGUUCGUGCUCUGGAUGGAUUCUUCCAGUCGUUCAUUGAUAUGUGGACCGCUGAAAUGCGGAUCGGCCCUUCAGGAUCUUCUCACGCGGAGCCCCUCGGGUCGGAAGAAGCGCUGUCCAAUCUGGACUAUACCUCGGAGGACUGGGCCCUGAUACAGCUCUCCCUCUCUAUGCUCUCGUCUGCAAAAGUAGUCUUUGAUCGAAUGCUUGUCUUUGAGACAAAGCUUCGCUCGAAUCUAGGACAGGUCGCUGCAACAUUCCGCCAGGCUCGCCAUGAUCCGUCGAAUUUCGCGAUUGCCAGUUCCAGAGGGGAAAGCCAGCUAUUGGAACAGUCAACGUUGAACUCGGCUGAGCUACAUUCACUUCUGGAGCUUGUCGAACAAGAUCCGUCGAACGCACGAGAUUUAUCGGGAGCGGCAACAGGAAUGCGCCACGGGCCUUCCGGAAAUGCUAUCCCUCUCCUGACUGGAACCCGGGAAGGUAUUUCUCUAUUCGCCAAGGCAUGCCAGAUGUCCUUCCAAAGCACCAUCCUAUCUCCCUUGAUGCAUCUCCUGGCCUCGUACGCUUCUCUGCCACUGUGGACAGCCCCAGGCGAUCCAAAAGCAAAGAAAACCUUGAACGCCAAUGAACUGGCCGUUCCCAACUUUUCUCUGUCCCAGAGUGACACCAUCCACAAGCUAUGUGAAGGCUUGCUGAACCUUCCUCGGCUGUUCGAGGACUACGCAACAGACGAUGCGCUCUCUUUCUCUCUGCAGACUCUCCCACACAUCGAUCCGGAGAUUCUCAAAACAGUUUCGGAACUCUCCGAAUCUGGUGCAGACCCAGCUGCCUCUCCGGGCCACAGGCGCCGAGCAUCGCUGUCGUCAGUAAAAUCGGCCACGGAACCUUUAGAUCCCGAGUUGGUUGCCUCGGCGUGGCUUUCAUCUCUAGGUCACACUUUGCUCUCUCAUUUGACCUCAUCUGUUCUCCCCAAAAUUUCUACGCUUUCGCCUGCAGGCGCCGCUCAGCUAGCUUCGGACCUGGGAUAUCUGUCAACAAUAGUCCGAGCCCUCAAUGUCGAAUUUGAGGAUCUCGAAAGAUGGAAGGAAUGUGCUGAAAUGCAAGAUGACACGGGCAAAAAGGAGAGCAUUGAGAACGAGGAUGAUGUUAUCUUACGCCAUAUAAGUAGGAUGCGGGGAUGGACCAAGUAGAUACCGUGGGAAAGACUUGCCGUUACAGGGAUUCCACAUCACUGGCACUGACCUCUGAUUCAUUCCACAAUGACCUCUGUCGGUAAACUUUCCCGAGAGGAGUUCCGUCGUCAGAAGGACCUCGAUGCGGCGCGCAAGGCAGGAACGGCGCCUGCGGCUCUCGAUGAGGAGGGAAAACCCAUCAACCCUCACAUUCCCCAGUACAUUUCGCAAGCACCAUGGUAUCUCGAUACUGGCGCUCCGUCUCUCAACCAUCAGCGGAAACUCGAUACCGACACGGAUGUCAAAACUAUCAAUGACUGGUACGACCGAGGCGCCAAGGCCGGGCCUGCAGCCAAAAAAUACCGCAAGGGCGCAUGCGAGAAUUGCGGGGCGAUGACCCACAAGAAGCAAGACUGCCUCGAACGACCGCGGAAACGGGGUGCCAAGUUCACCAACAAGGACAUCCAGGCGGACGAAGUCAUUCAGCAAGUUCCGACCGGGUUUGACGCGAAGCGGGACCGGUGGAACGGCUACGAUGUUGCAGACCACAGCAGAGUCUACGAGGAGUACGCUGCCAUUGACGCCGCUCGACAAAAGCUUCGCGAGGAAGAGAUUGAUAACCAAACCACGACGGACCUCGCGGCAGUUAGGAAGGUGGCCAAGGCCAUCAAGCCCGAAGGAGAUGCGGAUUUUGGCUCGAGCGACGAAGAGGAUGCAGACGAGGACAAAUACGCUGAUACAGCAGACGCGGUCGGACAGAAACUGGAUACCAAGACACGCAUAACCGUCCGCAAUCUUCGUAUUCGUGAAGACACUGCCAAGUACCUCAUCAACUUGGAUCCCGAGAGUGCGUACUACGACCCCAAAACACGUUCUAUGCGAGAUGCGCCUGUCAAGAAUGUCCCACCUGAAGAGGCUCGAUUCGCGGGAGACAAUUUUAUGCGAUUUUCUGGUGAAUCUGAUGACAUGCAGAGAUUGCAGCUCUUUGCUUGGCAAGCCGCAGCGCGCGGAAACGAUGUCCACCUCAACGCGAAUCCCACACAAGGUGAACUGCUGCACCAGCAAUUCAAGCAGAAGAAAGAGGAGCUGCGGGACACGUCCAAGAUAAGCAUAUUAGCGAAAUAUGGCGGCGCCAAGUACCUGCAGACUGCUCCGAAAGAGCUGCUCCAGGGACAGACGGAGAACUACGUUGAAUAUUCUCGCACGGGCCAGGUCAUCAAGGGCCAGGAGAAGGUCAAGGCACGAUCCAAGUACGCUGAGGACGUGUACAUCAACAACCACACCAGCGUUUGGGGCUCGUGGUACGACCCAGGCAGCAGCUCAUGGGGCUAUGCGUGCUGCCAUUCAGUCAUCCACGUCUCCUACUGCUCCGGGCAGGCAGGUAUCGAUGCUGCCAUCGCCUCCAGCGCAAAACAUCUGCUUUCAUCGCAGCCGGAGACACCCGUCUCCCACGACAUCGCUGAGCGCGAACGCAUCGAGCAGAAUUACUCGAAGAAACGGGUCGGAGAAGGCGAGGUGCAGCUGGACGAGAAUCGGUUGGCCAAGGCGCUGAGCGAGGAGAAGAAGAGGAAAAAUCGCGUAGACGACGAUGACGACCGAACAGGCAAAAAACGCAAGAACGUCGGUGCUCACGAUGUGACGGAAGAGGAGCUUGAGGCUUACCGGAUGACCCGUAAGAUGACGGAGGACCCGAUGGCCAACUAUGUUGACACCGACCUCUGAUGUGCUUCGCGCCUGUAUUUCUAGUCAUCAUACACUGUAUCUGUACACUGAAGUAUAUCAAUAAUUAGGACGUCGUGUGUUUUCG